AAAGUCGAUCGUUUCAAAGGUAUUUUGUCAAAAGCUUAUGUAGCUGACCAAGAACAGGCCGAAUAUUCAAAUGUUAUGUAAUGUUUACUACAUAACUUUGAACAUGUCUCCUGAGUUCCCUAAACAUAGGUUUGGGCUCAAACUUGGCUGAGUUCCUCUAUUCAACAAGAUCUUGUGGUCGUAUGAACUGCUUAUUUGGAAUAAGAUGAGCGGUUUAGGAUAUAGGAUAUUUUUGCUUCCGUUUGCAGUCCAUAUCUCUAGAAGUCCGUGACAUAGAUCAAUUAAGAAACGAAGACGGAGUUGGAAUUUGUUUUAGUUAAAGAAUGUUUACCAGAGGCCGAGUGCAUUUAUGCCACGAUAGUGUUUACAACAUAUAAAUAAGUGGCAAAGUGACAGGUUUAAAUAUCAAGGGCCAAUGGCGAAUCCGGAUUCCGCUUCUCCUCGCGAUCUCCAAGUAUUUUCUACAUCGGUGGUGGAGGAGGGAGAAUAAGGAGAAGGAGGAAGACAUGAGUUGUGUCUCAAGUCACGGCCAGUACCAUGAUUGGGAUUCCAACUUGGAUGUUGAACUUGUUUUGAUAGGGGCAGCAUUCGUCUCCGUCUAGGCUUGUUCAUGGAAUCAUGGCCGGACAUUUCUUCUUCUCCUUCUGCUAUUAGUCACUCGCAAGAUCAAGACGGAAACUUUGGAGGACCCACCGUCCAAUCCUCGUCCAGUUGAGCUUGAACUUGGUAGGCGUGCGUGCUUGUAAUUCAAACGUAUGUCAAUUUCAUCCAUUGGGCAUGGCCUCUUGUCCCUCCAUCACCUCCAUCACCACCACUACCACCACUACCUCCUCUCGUCCUGAAUCAGUGCCAAAGCGAGUCGAGACGACGACGGCGGGGAAUGAGUCGCGACGACCACCAGAUGUUUGCCAAAAUCAUCCACAAACACUCGUUCCUGAAGUGAGCUCGACUAGUGUGUGAGAUUUGCCAAACUCGGGAACGAGAAUGCAUCUGUCCAACAAAUCCUCUACCUUACCUAGAAAAUGGGGACCCAAAACCUCCACCGACAUGCCACCCCCAUUGCCACCCACAAAAAUCGGCAAGAUCUUCCGAAAACCCAGUCUGGCUCGGUCGCUUUCGUUCCAAAAAGACCGAUCUUGUUUGUCGCAAACGGGGGACUUUAAAGUGCCACCCUCCGUUCUGCCACCGCGGAGAACGAAUCAUCCAUUUGCGAGACUCUCUCGAGCAGGAUCGUUCUUCAAUGUGAAUCGAGCCGACAAGUGGAAAAGCAAUUCGUUAGUCGACUUGAACCAUAAUAUCACAAGUGCGUCGUGUUCGAAGGAGGAUCUCUUGUUCCGAUGCUCUUCGAAUGAUCGACUCCAAACUUCUGUGCUUGGGAACCAUAAAUUAGCUAGCUAUCGGCAAUCGUUGUCCAAUCGUCGUCAAAAUUUUGAGCUGAAUCACACAGCUGGAAUCCAAAACAAAAACCUCCGAUCAUCGGGCUCAUGGAAAAAUCUUUUACUGGAUGGAUCCGUAGACAGAAUCGGAGGUAUGAACAAGACCAACCGUGUCAGUACUGUGGCGAAACCGGUGGUGCCACCCACUGUUCCGGGAUCCUCACACGAGCCUCAACAACCCUCCAGAUGUUUGUCGUCGUUUAAGCCGACCUGGGCGGAAGUUGACAAUGGACCCUUGCACCAAAAUCCAGGUAACUCGGUUAGGCACUCAUCAAUCGAGCUCCAAACUGGAUCCUCGUUUCGUAAUCUUACGGAUGAUCAAGGGAUUGACAUGACCUUGAGUCCUGGACGAGACAGCAUUGGUCAUGACAGCACCGCUAGUUACGUUACGACUGGCUCUUCUGUCAGUAGUGGAUGCCGGAAUUCCACCACGAGCAUUGACAGUGGACGGGAAUCCAACAGCAUUAUGUCAACGUUCUCGUCUCAAACUGGACAUCGGAUGCAUCCGCACCAACGACACGCCGCCUUAAGUUCAGGGCCAAAACCCGGGUGUCAUUCUUCGUCUUCCUCCUUGGGUUCCAUUGAUCGAGGAGAAGAUUCCAUUUGCACACUUAACGUUCACGAGUUGGUCGAGAAUGGGAUGCAGGAUCGGGAAAUCCUGAAUAUUUGGCUAUCAGAUUUGAACUUUGAGGACUACUUUGAUUUAUUCGAUUCGGCCGGCUACGAUAUGCCAACCAUCUCACGGAUGACCCCAGAAGAUUUGACAGCAAUAGGAAUUAAGAAACCCAACCACAGAAAAAAAUUAAAAAGCGAGAUAUCAAAGCUGAACAUCGGCGACGGUCUUCCAAACCACAUUCCUGCCUCUUUGGACGAGUGGCUCCGAUUAAUCCGACUUUCCAGUUACGGGGCACAACUUCAUUCACAAGGAUAUCACACGGUCACGGACGUGCUGCAGAUCUGCGUCGAAGAUUUAGAGGACGUAGGCAUUUAUAAACUCGGCCAUCAAAAAAGAUUCCUGUUGGCUGUGAAGAAGAUUAAAGAAAUCCGCAGUGGGAAGAGAGCCAUGAUUGGAACGAGUGAGUGUACCUUGCCACCCAAAGGUAUGAUGUCACCCCGACCCAAGAUACCAUCUGCGGAUCAUUACAAUUACGACCUUCGAAAAGCGCCAGAAUUUCGGCCAGACAUGGCGCUGAGUGGACGCACGAGCUCUUUUGGAGGAAAUCCCAUCUACCAACCGGAGAUUAUUCAAAUCAACUCGUCACAGCAUCAAGGCAAUUUGCCCAUGGCACCAGUAUCUCCAUUGCGUGGACUCACCCACAGCAUGAAUUCUAGACAUACCUAUGCUUCCGAUCAACAUAGCACAUAUGCCCACCCUCCUCAACAGCAAUUCUUCUACGAAUCCGAUCAUCCGGGUGCCCAAGGAGCCUCCCUUACAUCAGGUCCCAGUUCGAGAGAUCAACAUCAGCAGCAGCAACAACAACAACAACAACAGCCCGAACAGCCGCAUCCUAGUCAAAAUAGCUUCGGUCGUCCACCGCUUCCUUCACCUCCUCUCUCAGAGCGACAAAACCCGGACGAUUUUGGACCUUCAAUAUCGUCUGCUUUUCCCCCGCGUAUGCCCCAUUUGCGUUUCACAUCAAUCCCGCACCAACCCGUUUAUGAUUCUCUAGGAUAUCACCAAGCCUCCUUAAGCAACUCGACUGGACUGCCUUCGUGGUCUCACGGAAAAACCAUGGACGACGUAGACGCUAUACGUCAUCAAAAACAAUCUCAUUUUCAAUACCAAGCUCGAGCACUGCUUUCAAGUCAAGAUUUAGGCAGCGGAGGGACCUUGCCUCGUCCAAAAGGCUUGGUCAAACCCAUUCCAGUGGCUAAAAUCAUGGCCAAUUCUCGAGAGCAGGAGAAGCGAAUUGACGAUGAUCAUAUGGCUAAAUUUGAACCUUUGAAGUUACCAGAUCCUGGCAGCGAUUCCUCGUUAGAUCCACUUCCGAGUUUGGAGCAGAUUCCUUUCGCAAAUGAGCACGCCGGGACAAUUCGACCCAGAGAGAUCUCGACCUCGGAAUUCAUCAAUCAGGACGAAGAGGACGAGAACGCUGAUUUGAAAAAGAGUCUGUGCGAAGAUAAUACUAAAGGGAAAAGCAAAACAAAGCUCAACCGAUCGCCAGGUCAACGAAGUGCUGGGGAUGUACUGAAUGACAUUGGUUCUAUGCUAGCGGACUUAACUGAUGAGUUGGAUGCUAUGCUUCACUCUGAGAGAGACGCACCGGAUUCAUCGUCCCCGUCGUCCUGAUGGAUUUCGUGUCAUGAUUAAGAACCGAUCCUCAUCGCCUCCACCUCCAGAUCGAGGUCAAGCUUUUUAAAUUACAGAGCUUCUCCAUUCCAGAAAUCGAUCGCAUUUUUUAAAAUUUCCUAUUUCAUCUUGUUCGCAUCACUAUUGAAAUAUACUUUUGUCUUGUUACGGACA